AUGUUCUGUGAUGAAAGUAUGAAAUUUAGAUUAUUAUCCAAAACAACUUAUGGUCAUUAUACUUCUCCUGUUAUACAAAAUCAGUUGAUACAUGUAAUUGCUUCUUGUACCAAAGAAAUCAUUUUAAAAAAUAUUUCAACAUUUGGUGCAUUUGCUGUAUUAGUUGAUGAAACCAAAGACUCUAGCAAGAAAAAACAGUUAAGUUUUAUAAUAAGAUUUACAGAUAACAAUUUGAAUAUUCAUGAAAAAACACUGGGUUGUUAUCACAUGACUAAGUGUGAUGCAAAAUCAUUAAGUGAUGCUAUUAUUCAGAUGGUUGGAGAAAAUAAACUAGAUAUAAAUAACUGUGUAGCACAAUGUUAUGACGGUGCAUCUGUCAUGAGCGGUCCGUUUUCUGGGGUUCAAAAACGAAUAACUGAAUUAGUACCACAUGCUGUUAAUAUUCAUUGCUACGCUCACCGCCUCAACCUAUGUUUAAUUAAUUCAAUAGAAGACAAUAUCAAAUUGAUUACAGAUUUUUUUGAUACUGUUCAAGGAUUGUACAAAUAUUUGAUGAAUGGUCAUACAAGAUGGUCAUACUGGUUUACUUCUUUAGAAAAAGUUAAACUAAGGUAUACAGAAAUAAGAGAAGUACUUACUAUAUUAACAACAGAAGGAGACCAAACUGCAAGAGCCAUUGGUUUGUUAGAAGAAAUUUCAACUUUUAAGUUCAUAAUUAUAUUAUGUGUUAUGAAAAAAAUACUAAAACGUAUUCACUGUACAUCAUGUGAGCUCCAGUCAAAGUCACUAUUAUUACCAUCGGUAAUGAACCUAGUUAAUUCAACUAAAGAAAGUCUUCAGAAUCUUCGCAAUGAUGAAACUUAUAAAAAUAUUUAUGAACAAUCAAAACAAAUUGCACUUCGAAACAAGGUACGUGUUGAAGAAUAUGAGGAAAGAAAUAAUCGCUUAAAAAGAAAUAUAUCAUUCAACAAAAAUUUUAUAGAUUAUUUUGUAACUUCAACACUUGGAAAGUCUAAUUCAAAAGGUAUGAGGGCAGUUCCAACACUUAAAGCUGAAGUUUUAUAUUCCAUUAUUGACAGAUUUGUACAACAAUUAGAAACUCGCUUUUCUGAGAAAAACCAAGAAUUAUUUAAGAUAUUUCAGAUUUUCGACUAUACAAGCUUAUAUUAUUUCAAUCCAAAGUGUCCAUCUUUAGAGUUCUUCAUAGAUCAUUAUAAAUAUUUUGAAAUUAAUAAAAUAAAAGUCAAAUCAGAAUUUUCAUCUGCUAAAGCUUUGCUUGAACAUAAACAUAUUUUAAGACCGGACCUAGAAAUGAUUGUAGAUGUUCUCAUUGAACUUCCUAGUUCAUUUUCAGAAACUUUAAAACUAAUGCAUAUCAUUAAAACUCUUCCAAUAUCUACAGCAUCUAAUGAACGCUUUUUUUCUUCUAUGAAAAAUGUAAAAUCUUAUAUAUGUACUUCUAUGGGUGACGAGCGACUCAGUGAUCUCAUGAUAAUAAACGUUGAAAAGGACGAGGCCAAUAAAAUAGAUUUAAAUAAAGCUGUGGAUGAUUUUGGGAAAAUGAAGAAUAGGAGAUAUCCACUUUUUUAA